AUGAGGUGCCUAAUCUCUGGUGAAUGUUCGAUAUUUCUCAAUAGCUUGAUGAAGUUCAACUGCACAUGGUGCUACGAGGACUUUCAUAAAAUAGGAAAAAGGCAAAGGGGAAAAAGUUGGCGGGAGCAUUUCUAUCAAAACAAAGCUUCGGACUGUGCUGGCGGUGACGAGAAGCAGGAAGCAGCAGCAGGCGGCGGAUACGAAGAGGGAGACGAGGAGGAGGCGUGGCCGGCGGCAAGCUUCAGCCAGUACAGGACGUGGGUGGAGCUGCCCGAGAACUUGGACAUGGAUAAGAUCGGUGCGGAGGUGAGGGACGGCGUGCUCUACCUCACCAUACCCAAGCUGACAGCAGGGGGCAAGGUCGUUAACAUCCAGGUGUAG